AAUCGCUUUAAAAAGAAGUUCAUUUCGAUUGCUGGCCACAGUGUUACUCUGGACUUUGUUUAUUUCGCUUCUCGUUUCAAGACAGCAAGACAACCAUGGACGUAGACCUUGUCAACAGAGAUCCCAAUGGUCUUAACGAACAUUUAAAGGUCCAAUUCGAAGAUGUCUUGGCUGAACCCGAGGGAGCUCACAGUAUCGACUGCGUCUGGAAGCUGUCUGCCACCUGUUUCAAUCUUUGGCUCGGACUUUGCUACAAACUUUUGACCCUCUUCUACGGAAUCUGUAUCGCCGCCGAGUGGGGUUGCGAAUUCGCCUCCAUCGCUUUCUACCACGUCUGGUACAUCACACCAAUCUUGAGAAUGUGCGAGAUCAACUGUGCUGUGUUUACCAAGGUUACCAAGACCUGCAUGGGUUGCUGCAUGGAGCCAUGUUGCGAAGCUUGCGGUGCUCUCUUUCACCAUUUCAAGAAAUAAACGGACUUAAGAAAUAAGCUGUUGGUGCUGCAUUAUGGGCCAAUCGUAAACCAGUAGCAUGGUAUUAAAAUCAGCAAAGGAAGAAACUUGCUGAAUAUAUACACGUACUUAUCUACAGCAAACAUUGACCAUUAUUAAUCUUUGCUCGUAGUAAAUAUCAAAAUUUGUUGAGUGGAUAUGAAAUUCAGUGAUAAAGAUUAUAUUCACAAAUGACGUGUAGCAAGGGAGUUUUCAUAUAUUUCUGGUCAUAUUUAUAUCUUUCGUCAUUUUUUAUCAUAAAUAUUACCAUGAAACCUGUAAUAAGGUGUCUAUAUAAUUGUUUAUUAAAUUAUAAAA